AUGAAGCAUGUCCGCACAGCCUACGAAGCGCUCGUAGCACACCAUCAGCCGACAACUAACAUCGAUCGCAUCCAAGUCGCGAUGGAAUGGGCCAAGCUCAUCUGGGAUCCGCGCCAGGAAACACUGGAUUUCAUCUACCGGUUCCUAGUACUGUUGCACCGCCUACACGAAGUACGCGCGGGUGAGUCCGAAGCCAACCAAGUGGUGAAGCUACUUGCCUUGAUGCCGUGGGAGUUCCGACACCUUGUGGACAGGUUGUCGAAGUUGCCUGACGAUCAACAAACCGUCGCCAAGACGAAGGGUGCCCAUGAAGCCGAAUGGAAAGCUGCCGUUUGGAAUGGCGUCAUCAAAGCCGAAUGCCGCAAGAAGUCCCGCGAGAGUGGCCGCCAGGGAAUCAAGACGCGAGACACCAAGGAAGACCACUCCAACGCAGCGGUCGACAUGUUCUCCAAGUUUGAGAAUAGAUACGACCAAGAUAUGGUCAACCCAGACGACGAAUGGAAGGAAGACGAAGGCAUCCAACCCAUCGUCGUUGAUGCCAGCAACACAGAAACCAUCUACCUUGGGGAGCCUGGCGAAGCCCUUCCACUCCGCACCAUCCCAGACUCGUCAGCUACGCGUAAACUGGUCAGACAACUGUCCAUCGGGGGAAUUCCGUACACCCUGACCUUCUUAAGCCGCCAAGACCUCGCGACACUUCAAAUCCAACCGAUCCAAGACCUGACAUACGUCUUGACGUUACCUCCCUGGCUCUGA